GUGGAUCAGAAAAGCGAUAUCCAUAUAUAUAUAUAUAUGUAUACGUGUGUGUGUUCAGUUCAGUGUGCCACGAGUUCAGAUGGAUGGAGAUGGACAUUGGAAAGAUGAAUAGGUAGGGUAUCGUUGUGCCACAAACUCUGAUUUGAUCAGUUCGUGAGGAAUCGAAGUGCCUUCAUCGGUGUUACUUCGUGGGGCUUGGAUACUGCGAACAACGAGGGCCAUGUCCGCCGGACUGGUCAGCCGGGACAUGUUGGCCUCGCUGGCCCUAAACUGCCUGGCCAAACCCGAUGGUAUUUGUGGCUCAGAGUUUGCAUCAUGAAGAAACUCGGCUAGCGACCGCGGGGCCCGGCCGUGCUGGUCUUCCCGGAGGACCAUGCCGACUGUGGUGCCCCAGAGAAGCAACGGCGAGAGCGAAGAGGGUUCUGGUUCAAACACCUCACGGCAGCGACGCACCAAGUCCACCUUGGGUGCCUCCGAGGAAGGCUCCAACCUCGCUAGCAGGGAGGACAGUCGCCGGCGCACGCGGUCGAAGAACAAGGAAGAUUCCUCUGCCAGAGAAGAGAGUGAAAGUGAUUUGCCCCUGGCGGGGGUCUCCGCGGUGAGCUUCUUCCCCCCCGGCAGCGCCUCCUCGCAGGGCCUCCAGCGUGCGGCGGGCUUCGGGAUCAGCAGCGAGCGAAGCUCCCCGGGGCCGCCCAGCACCUUCGGCUACGACUCCGAAGGGCCGCUUAAGAGCAGCUUGUCGAAGGGGAGGAGCAACCGAUCCUUGGUCAAUCAGGAGGACGACACCUUUGAGCCGGUGGACUUCGUGGAACCGGAGCCAGGUCAUUGGGACCUGAACCGCAGUGGGGUGAUCCCCGUGAGCGUCUUCGCCGGCCUUUGGACUGCUGCCGCCUGUGGCGUGCUCUUUGGAAUGGUCUACAUCUACCGCUUUCAGGAAGUGCUGAAAGCCUAUCAAUUGGCGGAGGAAUCAGCUUUAGCUCAUGCCCAGCUGAUGGCCGCGGAUCUCUUGCUGCCCACAGUGGCCGCAGUGGAUGCUGUGCAGGCCUCGCUGGCGGGCGGCGUGCUGCGGAACCUCUCGGACUACGGGACACUGCUGCGAAUCUUGCGGCCGCACUUCGACACCCGGAAGAUCCUCGAGGAGGUGGAGAUCGCCGAGCCGCCCGACGUGUACACAGGGAUCUCCCCGGGCUCGGUGUUGUUGAAACGCGUCGGGCACGAGGUGAAGCUGUUGACUGACCGCGACGACUGCGAGCGGGUGGCCGGCCGCCGUGGCUGCGCCGCGGCGCUGUCUGCCCGCACGGACGAUUGGUACAAGGACGGCUAUGGCAUCGACAAGGCUUGGACCUACGUGCCCCCCGAGCAGUUCUGGUCGGGCCCACUCUUCAUCCGAGUGGAGAAAGAUCUCACCGUUUGUCCUUUGAUUUGCUGGAAGCCGGCCUUCAUGUUUGUGAAGCGUGCCAGCAGCACAGGCGGCCCCAAAGCGGUCAUCAAGAACAUGAGCGCCCCCUCGGUCGUGUCGGACCGCUUGACGAACGUUUUGGUGCGCGUGGUCGUGUCUGCGGAGAUCUUUCAGGAAGUGGUGGCCAUCGCUUCCUCCAUCAGCCUGGGAGAAGCCAUCGUCAGCACCAGCAGCGGCGACGUCCUGGCGGCGGAGAACAUGGCCUCCGGGGUGUUCAUCGAUGAAGAGACCGGCCACCUGCGUGUGAACAAGGUUUGGAAUGCCCAAAAUAGUUGGACCCAAGCUGCGUCUGAGGACAUGGUUGCUAAAGGACAAAAAGGCAUCUACGCAGAGUCAGGUGCCUACAGCGUCUCGGUGCGGCGUUUGGAAGGACCUUCGGGAGAUGCCUUGGAUAUAGGGCCGACGCUGCGCUUAGUCAUGGGCACUCCGAUCUUCUCCUUCAUGGAUCCUUUGCUGUUCACCUUGACUUGGCCAGCCUGUGGCGCGAGCGCAGUUCCCAUCGUUGUGCUCCUCUUCGGGGUGCUCUUUGGGCUGCGCCGGCGGCGGCGGAAGAAGGAGCCACCGGGCCGUGUCUCCAGCGCGCCCAGCAUGCGCUCCUCGUCGGGCACGACGCGUGGCUCAAUGCUGAUGACCGGCAACUCUGGACUCUCUCAGGCCCCUGAGAUCGAAUCCCGGCAGCCUUCGCGUUCGCGGCUCACCACCCGAGAGAAGUUUGCCAUGACUGGCCAUGGCAGGACGCAUCUGGAGAACCGCCGUACCAGCUUGACCGAAGCCUUGGGCAUGAAGGACAUGCGGAAGCGCUUGGUGGGUCGGCAGAAGACCAUCGAGUUGAAUCAAGUGGAUGAUCCGCAAGAGGCUCCACAGGACAUGGUCCAGAUGUCCGAGGUGACCUGAGGAGAACACCGACGGAGUGACUGGACACGCCAAUGGCGGCACACGAGCUGCCGAGGGAGUUGGUUGAGCUGCCACCGUCGAAGAUGGCGGCAGAUCCAUUGCAUGUCUCACAGGGUAAAACAGGAUCACCAGGAUUUGGUCACCGGAGGGAGAGUUUUCAGAAAACCCCCCUGAAUCACCCGGAACGGAAAGACAGUGAAAAAGCACUGGGGGAAUCGCUGAUGUUAAGCAGCACAUGGUAUUUACUGUACGACAUUCCGAAAGACACUCGAGUCCAGGAAGGACAGCGAAGUGGGAAAGGUUAUUGAGGUUGGGAUGUGCACUCCUUGAGGAAGUGACCCCGACUGUACUAUGAUAUAGAAAGCGAAUCCCGGUUUUGCAAAUAAGUUGUAGAGCGUUUUCUAUUUAACUUGCCAUCUACGAGCUGUAGUAGGUCGAAUUCUGUUGUAGCUUGUAAGGUAGACUGCUCUCAGUCACUGGCACAGGUGUGGGAAGGGACAUGUGUUCCCUUUUCUGACAUGAAAUGCUGGGCAGAGUUUGUUGAAGCACGGCAUAACCACAGCGGAUGAGCUUGCCCAAGAAAAGUUGUCACAGUUGUCACCCAAUCAUGUCCUACCAUGUCUUACCUGUUUUUGUAUUACCCUGCCAUUGGAAUUAGAAUUUCAUUAAAUUGUUUCUAAUAGCUUCUUGUUACUACUAGUAAGGCACUUGUUACUAGUAGCGAUGCAC